AUGGAAAACGUCGGUGUUAAUGACGACUCUGUUCUUGGUUUUUCGGAACGGACUGUUACCGAGGUUCCUACGAUGCCUGCGAGUGGUAGCCUGUCGUCGGCUCAUCACUUCGUUUCUUUAAAGUUGACCUCCCGAAAUUAUCUAUUCUGGCAAACUCAGAUGCUUCCGUUUCUUGAAGGCCAAGGGCUUCUAGGGUUUGUUGAUGGUACAACACCCUUUCCGACGGCAUCGCCGGCCCUAACGUCGACCGCGGACAGCACCCCGGCGGCGGUUUCCGAUCUCCCCGACCGGCAGCUCGCUUGGCGUUGGCAAGACAAGGCAAUCCUCUCCAUGCUCAUCUCUUCUUUGUCCGAGGAGACUCUUCGUUUCGCUGUCGGCAAGGGCACCUCUCGGCAGCUUUGGCAGGUAAUCGAACAAACCCUAGGUUCGUCUACUCGCUCUCGUGCACUCCGGUUACUCGGCGAACUUCAGGGGCUCCGUCAAGGUGAUUCCUCGAUAUCUGAUUACCUUGGUCGUGCCCAGAUGUUGAUUGAUGAAUUGGCCCUCGCCGGUCGUCAUGUUGAGUUGGAUGAUCAGAAUUUAUAUGUGUUUCGCGGUUUACACCCGGAGUUCCGACCGUUGGUGGCAACUCUAGCCCGUGGUGCGCCAGUUCCCCUCCCGGAGGUUGCAGAUUUUCUUGUUUCGCAGGAGUGGAUCUGUUCGGACGAUGGUGCGACUCUCGGCGCAGCGGCGGCCUUGGCCGUAAGCCGUGGUGAUCCUGGCGGUCGCUGUGGCAGCCCGCAAAACCGAGGCGGUGGCGGCCGCGGCAGGGGGCGCGGCAGUCGUGGCCGGGGGCGGUCCAACUCGGGCCCUCGGUGUCAGAUUUGCAACAAGCAAGGGUAUAUAGCUAAGGCGUGUUGGCGUCGUUUCACUCCUGAUUCGGAUCCUCAAGCGAAUGUUGUCGUUUCUGGUGUUGAUGGUUCUAUGGACGACUCUCAUCAGUGGUUCCCAGACACUGGUGCCACAAAUCAUGCUACUCCUGAUCCCACAUUAUUGACGUCCUCUAUUGCAUAUGAUGGUCUGGAGACACUUCGGGUCGGCAAUGGUACAUGUUUGCUUAUUGUUACUGUUGGUUCUACUUCGUUAGCCACUAAUUCUAGGUCGUUUUGUGUGUCUGAUGUUUUGCAUGUUCCUGGUCUAUCUUCUUCGUUAUUAUCUGUUCAGUGUUCUGCUAAAGAGAAUAAUGUACCUGCACCACGCCCGGAGCCAUGGGGUGUUGCGCCGGUUGUGCCUCCUGGUGAGCCGAGUGAUGUCUCGGCCUUUGAUCCUCCUACCGUGCCUGAGCCACACCGCCAGCAGCCCGUUCCUGCCAAGCCGUCCGUGACCGAGUCCGAGCGGACAGUCAUGGACCAGCCGCCUGCUCGGCCGAGGGGUUGA